AUGGCAGUCCUUCACUGUGAUGGGUCCUUAACAGCUGAUAGAGCUUCCUAUGGUGGAAUCAUUCGUGAUGAUGCAGGUGUUGCCAUAAUGGCGUAUGCGGGGAAGGGAGAUAUUAAUUCUGUUCUAGGCAUGGAGCUUUUUGCAAUUUUAAAGGGGGUCACUUUUUGUAUUCAAAGGAACCUACUUCGGGUUUCCAUCAGAUCUGAUUCCAAAUUGGCAGUAGAUAUUCUUAAUGGGGCUGUGGACUGCCCUUGGAGCAUGCAAAUCUUGAUGGACCGUAUAGCUACGCUACUACAACAAUUACAGCGUAAGGAGAUCAAACAUGUUUGGAGAGAGCUCAACCAGCUAGCAGACUUUAUUGCAGCCAUGGAUACGGGGGAUGGGGAAGCAAUUUUUAAUCCACUUGAUUUCCCACAGGACCUGGUGGAGUUGGUUAAGAAUGAUUCAGAUGGUAAAGUUUUUUUAAGGACCUUGUCUCAUUGA